GGUAAGCACUCUAGUCCAAGUGUGCAUCUUUGGGUGGAAUACCUAUGUGUAGUUAGUUUGGAGAUCAAGAUUGUAUGGAAAAUUCUUAGCAAACCACCAAAAUGUUUUAUGUUUAUGCUAUUGCUUCAUUAGAUGAGAUAUGUUAGCAAACGACCAAAAUGCUUAAUGCUCAUAUCUUUUGAGAACAUUUUUUUAUUAUGAGUAAACUGUGUCAUGGUCUGGCCUUAUUACAUUUUUGUUCAUUGUCUAAGAUCAUAUGAGAAUUACAUGCUCGAGACUCUAUUCUUAGCUCUGUAAGUUGUGCUGAAAGAAAAGAUUUACGAUAAGAAAGUUGAUGCAAUUUAUCUAUUACUGUUGGAAAGACUAAUUUAUCUAGAAGGUUUGAUUGUGACAUCUUCUUUUGCAUAUAGAGGGGAGAAGAAGAAGCAACCGCUAGAUUAUUUUAUAUGCUAAGGUCAAAGAUGUUAAUAUCUUAUCCCCAAGUGUCAAGCAAGAACCCAACGACUAUAGCAUAUAUAAUUCUGCACGACUUGAACAAAUUGAAAAAAAAAUUAUAUUUGCACAUCUUACCAAUUCCAAAGGACUUCCUCUUCUUCUAUCAACCCUUAAAAAAAAGACAAUGACAUUGAAAGUAACCUACCAAAUCCUUCUUUUAUUUAAACAAAAAGUACACUUAUUACGAAUAUGUAAAAAAAAUAAAAAAUACUACAGUCCGAAUUGGAACAACAAGAGGUUGAGAUCAAUCUCUUUUCUCAUCAUCUUCACUUACCCAGGCGUGUGGUCCGACCAAUCUGAAGUAGUUAAGUGCAAGAAGAGCCAAAAAAAAGUCAACCAACUCCUGAUAAAUGUUUUUUGGAACGAUUAUGUUUGGUGCCUUUGUAUGGACGAACAAGGUAAGACUUGAACAAAGGACUCUGGUUUGACUACUUCAACUUCUUUACAGAGUCCUAUGGAAUCUGACUGUGUCCCCACUAACUGCUAAAAAGUCGUCUCCUCCAUCAUCAUCAACACAACAAAUUUACCUUUAGUGGGUGCCAACUUCUCCGAUGAAACAGAGGACCAAGUGUUUCCUUGAAGUCGUUUGCUAGAUCAGAGACUUGGUAAUCAGAGUGAGACAAAACCAGCCUUGAACAAAUGGUAAGAAUUUUUUUUCAAUCUUGUUUUGUUUCUUUUUGCACCUUCAAAAUCAUUUAUUUUCUUAAAUCAUCUCAAUUUCUCAAACUAAUAAUAUCUCUCACUCUUUCCCUUGUGUGUACAUACAAUCUCAGACCCAAGAAGAUAUAAGUACAAAUGAUACAUUGAUUGGCUCGUUGUUGGAGUCCAUUUCCGAGGUGAUCAGAUCUUUGGAGUUGUUACAAUCACAAACAGGGAGCUUCCUUGAAUGUGCAUGCUACUUUUACCGAGUCUCAGUCGUGUUAAUGGAGAUACAGACGGGAGAGAGUUCCAUCACAUGUCCAACGGAUGUGGUUGAAUCACUAUCCGAGAGUAUAGAAGCAGCCAAGUAUCUCCUCGAGAUAACUCAAGAAAGCAACGGACCAGAACCAACCACUGAUCUGACAAGCAUUGAGGCAGGCUUACAAGGCGUUGUGAAGCAGAUUGGUGAAACUCUGCAGUCCAUACCUGAAGCGAUAAUCGACGAGGAAGAGUAUAUAGGAGUCGUUGUCCAGUCUCUUUCAAAUGAGAUGCAGAACGCUAACGUUGGUGAUGGUAGUAAGAGUGAGAUUUUACAUAAUAUUCAGCAGAAGAUUUCUCAAAGGCAUUCACAUGAGGAGUUGGUGUCAGAGGAGCAAAUAGAGACAGAUCUCUAUCCUAGUGAUCCUGAAGUUUCCUAUGCAAGUUACCUGAGUGAAUCACAAAUGAGCGAGAUACCAGAUAUACCAAGCCAGAGCACAUACGUUAGCAGCAGCCAGAGAAAGUAUGGAACUCUGAGCGAGAUAGUUGAUAUCCCUAGCCAGAGCACAAUUGUUAGCAGCAGCCAGAGAAAGUAUGAAACUCAGAGUGAAUCACAAUCACAAACGAGCGAGAUACCAGAUAUCUCAAGCCAGAGCACAACUGUUAGCAGAAGGCAGAGAAAGUACGGAACUCUUAGCGAAUCCCUGUCAAUGUUACCACAGGUGACACAGUUCAUGGAGCCACCAUACCAAGCCUUCAUCUGCCCCUUGACCAAAGACGUAAUGGAAGAUCCAGUCACCACGGAAACAGGAGUAACCUGCGAAAGACAAGCAGUAACGGAGUGGUUUGACAAAUUUGGAGACCCCGAUGAGAUUAGCUGUCCGGUCACAGGGCAAAAGUUGACAACCGGAUUAAGUCCCAAUCUUGUCUUGAAAACCAUCAUUGGAGAAUGGAAAGUGCGAAACGAGACGGCAAGAAUCAAGGUGGCUCACGCAGCUUUAUCCUUAGGCGGUUCAGAAAGUAUGGUUAUCGAUGCGUUAAGGGAUCUGCAAAUGACCUGUGAAGGGAAAGAGUAUAACAAGUUAAAAGUCCGUGAAGCUGGGAUCAUUCAGUUGCUUGAUAGAUACUUAACCUACAGAAGUAAAGAUGUGAGGUAUGAACUGCUACAAUUGUUAAAGACACUAGCAGACGAAGACACUGAUGAAGGAAAGGAAAUGAUUGUGAAUACGUUAGCUAUGUCAUGCGUGAUCAAAUUUUUGGGAAGCAGUCACCAGACUGUGAGACAUGCAGCACUAGCCUUACUGCUUGAGCUUUCGAAAUCUCAACAUGCAUGUAAGAAGAUUGGGAUUGCUACAGGGGCAAUAUUGAUGUUAGUUACCUCAAAGUACAAUGAAGAGUCGGAUGCCUUUGCGUCUGAAACAGCAGACCAAAUCUUAAAAAAUCUAGAGAAGUUCCCUCACAAUAUCAAGCAAAUGGCAGAGAGUGGGCUCUUGGAACCUCUUCUCAUUCAUCUAGCCGAAGGGAGUGAAGAGACGCAGGUGGUAAUGGCUGCAUACCUAGUGGAAAUUGAUAUUGGACAUGAGAAGAAAACUAAUGUAGCUGAGAAGGCUUGCCCUGCGCUCAUUAAGCUGGUGCAAAGCGAAAAUAUUGAGGCUAGAAGAGCGGCUUUCAAAGCUCUUGCUCACAUUUCGCUGUUUCACCCCAACAAGCAAAUACUGGUAGAAGUAGGCAUCAUCAAGAUCAUGGUCGAAGAGAUUUUCACCAAGCGGAUGUUCAGUGAUCUGAUGAACUCCAGGAACGAAGCUGCUACAAUACUUGCAAAUAUACUGGAAUCUGGGGUGGAACAUGAGACCUUUGAGGUGAAUACCACAGGCCACACGUUAGGCUCGGAUUACUUUGUAUUCAACAUCAUCCAAAUGCUCAAAAACUCAAGCCCAGAUGAUCUAAACAUUGAUUUGAUCAGGAUUCUUCUAUCCUUGUCCAAAUCACCCAGAGCAAUGGCAACUAUUGUCUCGGUGAUCAAAGAAACCGAUGCAAGCUUUGCCAUGAUAGAACUCAUCAACAAUCCUCAUGAAGAGUUGGGGGUUGGAGCCUUGAAGCUUCUCAUUGCUCUUACACCCUUCAUCGGUCACACGCUAUCCGAGAGACUAUGUAAAACAAGAGGCCAGCCAGAGAAUCUUAUCCAGUGCCCAGCAGAGGCAAAUCUGAUAACGGAGAAACAUGCUGUUUCAGCCAAGUUACUAGCUAAACUGCCUCACCAAAAUCUGACUCUUAACCUGGCACUUGUCAACGAGAGCAUAGUGUCUGAAAUCCUGCAUGCAAUCCAUCUGAUUCAGAGAAGUGGAACACGAACAAGCAGGUACGCAACUGAUUUUCUGGAAGGUCUCGUUGGCAUCUUAGUGAGAUUCACAACUACACUGUAUGAGCCCCAAAUGAUGUACCUAGCCAAAAACCAUGAUUUGACAUCAGUGUUUGCUGAUUUAUUGAUGAAAACAUCAAGCGACGAAGUUCAAAGGUUAUCAGCGACUGGAUUAGAAAAUCUAUCAUCUACAACUAUGACUUUAUCAAGGCCACCCCAAGUUAGGAACAAGAAGUUCAUGGAAUCACUGAGUAUGCCUAGGUCCUUCUCACUACGUUCAUCUAAAAAGAAGCAAAUAGAGACAUGCGCAAUCCACAGGGGGGUAUGUUCUGCAAAAGCCACGUUUUGCUUGGUUGAAGCAAAUGCAGUCACAAAGCUUCUAGCAUGUUUGCAGAGUGAUAAAACGGAGGUAGUGGAGUCAGCAUUAUCAGCUAUAUGCACGCUAUUGGAUGACAAAGUUGAUGUGGAGAAGAGUUUAAACAUGCUGAGUGGGAUGAAUGCGGUAGAACUCAUUAUAAAUGCGGUCAAAGAACACAAGAAAGAGUCUCUACUGCAAAAAGCGUUUUGGAUGAUUGACAAGUUCUUAAUUAGAGGUGGACAAAGGUAUGCAUUUGGCAUAUCACAGGAUAGGAUGCUGUCAGGUAUGUUGGUUAGCGCCUUUCAUCGUGGAGAUGGUAACACAAGGCAGAUGGCAGAAAAUAUCUUGAGGCGUUUGGACAAGAUGCCAAGUUUCUCUGUCUAUAUGACGGAAAAAAGUGACAUCUGAAACCCCGUAGGGCCUGACUAUUAUGAUUUAUUCCUCUCUUUGUAUUCAGUGUAUAAUUUUUUUCAGUUUGAAUGUGAUUUUACGUUGUUGUCACACACCAAUAACGGAGAUUUUUAACUUAACAUCCUCGUGACAGCCAGAUUGUCAAUUUAUAUA